AUGUGGUUUCACCAUGCUGUCCAACUGUUCCCCAACGCUAGUUAUCUGGCAAAGGGCGACGACGAUAUGUUUUUGCGUGUGCCGCAGUACCUUGCUGACCUGCGCACCCUGCCCCGCCGUGGACUGUAUUGGGGGUUGUUUAUUCGUCAGAUGGGGUUUCGAGCAGGUGGACGUGUGUCAUUUCGUUAUAUGGCUGGGUUUUGCGCGACUCUUGCGAGGGAUGCUGUAGAACAGGUUGUGUCGUACGAGCCGCUGCGACAUAUCGUCUAUUAUCCACAGAGUGCCCAUCCUAUGCAGUUUAUCUAUCAUAACUUGAACUAUGAAGACGGAAUGGUGGGGCGUGCAUUGUCUGAUGUGAAUUACCCUGUUGUUUUUGCGCGUGAACAAACCUGCAGCUUUCACGAUUUACAUGAAGGGUAUCAUGUAGGAAAUUUGACUUCCAACUCUGUGGUGAUCCAUCACCUAUGGGAGAGUGAGUAUGCUGAGCUGAUGGAGCGGUUUGGAAACGAUACUUCUCCCUCCCCCCGCAAGUUUAGGCGCCCCAGCAGAUGCUUCAUUAGAUUUCCUUGUAAUAUGUAA